AUGGCACCCGGCAGUUGGUGUGAGGGGUUUGAGGGGUUGCAGGAGGCCGGGGGCUGGUGGCAAGAGCAAACAUCUCCUGACCCCAUGGAGCUCUAUGAGACUUCUCCCUACUUCUACCCUGAGCCCCGCUUCUAUGAAACUGAAAACUACCUGCCUGUCCGGCUCCCGGGCUUCGAGCCCCCGAGCUACGAGCGGGCUGACCUGGGCCUGGGCCCUGACUGCCGGGUACCCCUGGAGGACAAGGGCUCGGGUUCAGCUGAACACUGCCCUGGCCAGUGCUUGCCAUGGGCCUGUAAGGUGUGCAAGCGGAAGACGGUGUCCGUGGACCGAAGGCGGGCAGCGACCCUGAGGGAGAAGCGAAGGCUCAAGAAGGUCAACGAGGCCUUCGAGGCCCUUAAGAGGAGCACCCUGCUCAACCCCAACCAGCGGCUGCCCAAGGUGGAGAUCCUGCGAAGUGCCAUCCAAUACAUCGAGCGUCUCCAGGCGCUGCUCAGCUCCCUCAACCAGGAGGAGCGGGACCUGGCCUGUUACCGCUCGGCGGGGCCCCAGCCAGGGGUGCCCAGUGAAUGCGGCUCCCACAGCGCCUCCUGUAGUCCUGAGUGGGGUACUGCACUGGAGUUCAGCAGCAACCCUGGGGACCAUUUGCUCCCAGAUGACGCCUCCGAUGCCCACAACCUGCACUCCCUCACGUCCAUUGUGGACAGCAUCACAGUGGAAGACGUUUCCGCAGCCUUCCCAGAUGAAGCCAUACCGAACUGA